AAUUUACAGUGUUCAUGUUGACGUGCAGUUAUUGCAACUAAUUAUAUUUGCAUGCAAUGCAUGAGCACGGUAAUUUAAAAUGUAUUUUUUUUUGCAAUAGACUUUUAUUGUCUGAGUGCACGCAACAAUUGAUGAAAAAUCAACUUUUCUUGGAUAGACGACCGGGAGUGAUUUGCAUGUUAAAUGCACACUUCAUAUGAAAGGUUUUUGCAUACCGAUCACACUGCAUUAAUUGCACAGGAAUGUGCAUCAUUGCAUUUCGGACGCUUUGCAAAUAUCUGUUCCGUUGAGAUCUGCGCAGCCUACACUCUCCUCGCAUGUCAUUCUUUGUCACUGCUGUCCUUGCUUGAGCCUUGAUAGUUUCUGCAAGAGACAGAGAUCGUGCUGGGGUUGUUACAGACCUGAAGAAAUCCCUGUAGAAGCUCACGCAGAAAUGGGCCGAAAGGAGGGCAACUAUGAUUGGAAAAAGAGCACGGAUAACAUCCAGGAUGUGUUUGAAUUCAUGGAGGUGCUCGGAUCGGGAGCGUUCUCAGAGGUCUUCAUGGUGAAGGAGAGAAAAACAGGGAAGCUUUUUGCACUGAAGUGUGUGAAGAAGAAAAACAAAAAGGACGUCAACCUGGAGAACGAAAUCGCUGUGUUGAGAAAGAUCAAACAUGACAAUGUGGUUUGCUUGGAGGAUUUCUAUGAAAGUCGGACGCAUUACUACCUGGUCAUGCAGCUUGUUUCAGGUGGUGAACUGUUCGACCGGAUCCUGGACCGGGGCAUGUUUUCAGAGGCCGAUGCUAGUCUGGUCAUCAGACAGGUGCUGGAGGCAGUCAGCUACCUGCACAAAAGCAGCGUAGUCCACCGCGACCUCAAGCCAGAGAAUCUGCUCUACUACAGCCCUGAUGAAAACUCCAAGAUCAUGAUCAGUGAUUUUGGCCUGUCUAAGAUGGAGGAUAAUGGCAUCAUGUCCACGGCCUGCGGGACUCCAGGAUAUGUCGCCCCUGAAGUAUUGGCCCAGAAACCUUACAGCAAAGCCGUUGACUGCUGGUCUAUUGGAGUCAUCACCUACAUCCUUCUCUGUGGAUAUCCUCCUUUCUAUGAAGAAACCGAGACUCGUCUGUUUUCCAAAAUCAUGAAGGCGCAGUAUGAGUUUGACUCGCCCUUCUGGGAUGAUAUCUCUGAGUCUGCAAAGGACUUCAUCCGCAACACGAUGCAGAAGAAUCCUAAGAUGCGUUAUGACACAGAGCAGGCUCUCAGACACCCCUGGAUUAUAGGAAAGACGGCCCGGAGUCAGGACAUCUACCACUCCGUCAGCGAGCAGAUCCAGAAGAACUUUGCCAAGUCCAAGUGGAAGCAAGCCUUCAAUGCUACAGUGGCCAUUCACCACAUGAAGAAACUGCAGCUGGCCCACUCUGAGGCCUGUCUCCGUCUGAAACAGACGCCUGUGCCCGAGAUCAAGGUCAUCGCAACAUCCACACCUGAAUCCGUGUGCAAGAAGCUGUUCGCUGAGACCCCAGAACCAAACGGCAACGUUCCCAGCAAUCAGAUGAGCGUGCCCUCCGGCUCCACCGAGUCAAAGAGUCAGUAUCACCCGGUCCGGGUCUGUCACAGUGAGACCACCCAUGUCGGGACCCUCACCAUUGCAGAGAAGAGCAAACAUGUGUAUCACUCGCAGCCAGCGGACCUAAAUGGGUACGCAAAAAGAAGCUCCAAUUGUAACGGGCAGAACCUGCAGACUGGCGUUUGCUCUGUCAUGUGAUUGGCUGCUUUGGCACUGCAUGAUUUUGACAGAUCUGUGACCUUUCACUCAGCCCCUGGCUGCUUUCUGUGGGCAGGUUCUGCUGCUCUGUCCUGCUCAAGAGUGUUGGCAAAACAGCUGGCCACCGGCCCGCACUGUUCUGAAAUACUGAAGUUUAGGGGAGUGCCUCCAAACCAGCAAACACACACACACAUGCAGAGAACAAAUCCAGCCUGUCACACACUCGCAAAUGACACAGUAUCCCUGUAAAAGCAGAAACGUUACAUGUUAGGUGCUGAACCUCAGACUUUGUAUUUUCCCUUGAGGAAACGGAUUUGCAUUAUCAAGGUCAAUUAAUCUCUCUGUAUUAAAACAUCUGGAGCAGGGGUCCGUGUUAUUGGACACUUGUGUAAGGAGUAUUGGGAGUUUUGUACAUAUACCAUGUGAUGCAUGGCUAGUUUGUAAUGUGCAAUAAUGUGUACUGUAGUAAUUCACGUGUGUACAACACUUUUGCUUCACUGUAAACUGUAAUUAUUAUAGAUUAUGUAAGAAAUAAGAUUCCAGCUUUUCUUUAUUUUUUCAAUAGUUGUUGUUUUUUUGGUAAUUUAACUAGAGUGAAUGAUUAUUUUUCUAAUGCAGAAAUUGUUAUUGUAUGUUUAUCCAUUAUAUAUUUUUGUCAUAAUAAAACAGAUACAAAUUAUUUAACGCCUUUUCCCACCACCAUAGUAAGCCUAGCCCUUGUUUUGUGCACUAUAAUACACUACUGUUCCUGACAGACAUGAACUUUACUGUUAGAAAUACUGUAAAUUGUGACUAAUUAUCUUGUAAGAGAUUAUAAUUAAGUGUCCUCUAAACUACAGAAAAGGUUUAUGUUUGUGUAGGCUGCUACUGUUUAUUCUUUGUGCAAUAUUUUUACCAAUAAACCCUCACACAUCACUUCGUUUUUGUCACUCUUCUGAGGAAGAUGUCAUUCACUUGUUUUGGCAAUGUAC